CAUCUCGCUCGGUGUUUCGAGAUUCGUAUUUAUCGUCAAGUUCAGUCAACUUGGAUUCGUCACUGUGUCGAGUUGAGCUGUGUUUAAGACGCGUUCCAAUUAUUCAAUAUAAAUUGUUAAAUUCCUUCAACAAGCAAUGAAUAUCACAUCUGCAGCGGGGAUAAUUUCACUCCUUGAGGAGCCAAUGCCAGAACUCAAGGUUUUUGCUCUGAAGAAGUUGGACUUAAUCGUUGACGAGUUCUGGCCAGAGAUAUCUGAGGCGAUAGAAAAAAUCGAAAUAUUGCAUGAAGACAAGGCAUUUAAUCAACAUGAACUUGCCGCUCUUGUUGCAAGCAAGGUUUACUAUCAUCUCGGAAGUUUUGAGGAUUCUCUCACUUAUGCUCUUGGUGCCGGCGAACUCUUUGAUGUCAAUGCUCGUAACGAGUAUGUUGAUACCACAAUUGCCAAGUGCAUCGACUAUUACACGCAACAGCGUGUUUUCGAUGCUGAAGGCAAAUCUAUUGUACCCAACAAGGCGAUUGAUCCAAGACUGGAAGGAAUUGUGAAUAGGAUGUUUCAAAGGUGCUUGGAUGACGGGCAAUAUCGUCAGGCUCUUGGACUUGCUUUAGAAACUCGUCGCAUGGACAUAUUUGAAGCUUCGAUUAUGCAAUCUGACGAUGUCGGCGGCAUGUUGUCUUAUGCAUUUCAAGUGGCAAUGAGUUUGAUACAAAAUCGUGGUUUCCGUAAUACAGUGCUGCGCUGUUUAGUGAGCCUCUACCGUAAUCUGGGUACCCCGGAUUAUGUGAACAUGUGUCAGUGCUUAAUAUUUCUCGAUGAUCCGCUAGCUGUGGCCGAGCUUUUGGAUAGACUGAGCAAGGGUUCUCAGGAAUCCACAUUGAUGGCUUAUCAAAUUGCUUUCGAUCUCUACGAGUCUGCGACCCAACAGUUUCUCGGACGUGUACUUCAAGCACUCAGAGCAACCGCUCCGAUUCCAACCGCUCUUAUGGUCAAACCGAUAAUAAAACCUGCUGUGAAAGCCACUGCUGAUAUUCCCGCAGAUUCGCCGCCAGUAGAAUCUGACUCUAAUGGAAUUAUUGCGGAGGAUAAACCUCAGAGAAGCGUUGAGAGCUUGAAUGCAGAGGAACGUGAGCAGCAGGAACGAGUCGACGCACUUUCCAGUAUUUUGGGGGGAGAAGUCUCUAUAGAUUUGCAUUUGCAGUUUUUGAUAAGAAGUAAUCAUACCGAUAUGCUAAUUUUGAAAAACACCAAGGAUGCAAUCCGUGUAUCAAUUUGUCACACCGCAACAGUAAUCGCCAAUGCUUUUAUGCAUUCUGGUACAACGAGUGAUCAGUUUCUAAGGGACAACUUGGAGUGGCUGGCUCGUGCGACUAAUUGGGCUAAAUUGACGGCUACAGCUUCUUUGGGUGUCAUACACAGGGGCCAUGAGCAAGAAGCUCUAGCAUUGAUGCAAUCCUAUUUGCCACGAGAGACAGGGGCUGGUGCUGGAUAUUCCGAAGGUGGUGGCCUGUAUGCUUUGGGUCUCAUUCACGCCAACCAUGGCGCAACAAUAACUGAUUAUCUUUUGGGCCAGUUGAAGGAUGCUCAGAACGAAAUGGUGCGUCACGGUGGAUGCUUGGGACUCGGAUUAGCGGCGAUGGGCUCGCACAGACAGGAUGUUUACGAGCAACUCAAGUUUAAUCUCUACCAGGACGACGCUGUCACUGGAGAAGCUGCCGGUAUCGCUAUGGGCAUGGUAAUGCUCGGUUCGAAAUCGACGCAGGCGAUUGAAGACAUGGUCGCGUACGCCCAAGAAACUCAGCAUGAGAAGAUUCUCCGAGGUCUUGCCGUUGGUAUCGCUUUCACGAUGUACGGUCGACUCGAGGAGGCUGAUCCGUUGGUCGCGUCGUUGAGUGCCGAUAAGGACCCGAUUCUCAGGAGAAGCGGAAUGUACACACUGGCAAUGGCGUAUUGUGGAACUGGAAAUAAUCAGGCCAUCAGAAAAUUACUACACGUUGCGGUUUCCGACGUUAACGACGAUGUCAGACGAGCAGCCGUAACUGGUUUAGGAUUUCUGCUGUUUCGAACCCCCGAGCAAUGUCCGAGCGUAGUUUCUUUGUUGGCCGAGAGUUACAACCCCCACGUUCGUUACGGGGCAGCGAUGGCUUUGGGAAUAGCCUGCGCGGGCACCGGACUGAAGGAGGCGAUCGCUCUGCUGGACCCGAUGACCAAUGACCCGGUGAAUUUCGUGCGACAAGGGGCUUUGAUAGCGUCCGCCAUGAUUCUGAUACAGCAGACGGAGGCCACUUGCCCGAGAGUCAAGGAUUUCCGCGCUCUUUACGCCAAAGUUGUCGUCGACAAACACGAGGACGUGAUGGCGAAAUUCGGGGCGAUUCUCGCCCAGGGAAUCAUCGACGCGGGUGGUCGCAACGUGACCGUUUCCCUCCAAUCGAGAACCGGGCACACGAACAUGUUGGCCGUAGUCGGCGCCCUGGUGUUCACUCAGUACUGGUACUGGUUCCCCUUGGCUCAUUGUUUGGCCCUGGCGUUCACCCCGACUUGCCUGAUAGCCCUCAACGCGCAAUUGAAAAUGCCGAAGCUCGAAAUACGAUCGAACGCGCGGCCGAGCGUCUACGCUUAUCCGGCACCGCUCGAAGAAAAAAAGAGGGAAGAGAGAGAGAAGGUCACCACAGCCGUACUCAGCAUAGCCGCGAGGGCCAGACGUCGCGAAUCCGAGAGACGGGCGAGGGAUUCGCACGAAAAAAUGGAGGUGGAUCCUUCGACUUCCGACGCGGUAACCACCCCCAAGCAAUCGGUCGAGGUGAAAGAGGAGAAGAAGAAGACGGAUAAAGAGGAGAAAAAGAACGCCGCCGCCGCCGCCGCCGCCGCCGCCGCUGGUAGCAGUAAGCAGGAUACGGACGCGGAGAAGGUCACCGGCGACAAGGAUAAGGAGACUGACAAAGACAAAGAGAAGGAAAAGGAGAAGAAGGAGCCGGAACCCACGUUCGAGAUCCUUCAAAAUCCGGCGCGAAUUCUUCGGCAACAAUUGAAAUUGAUUUCUUUGGUAUCCGGAAGCCAGUACGCUCCGGUGAAGGACGUCGGGAUCGGCGGUAUCGUUAUGGUCAAACACAUCAAGGCCGACGCCGAAGAAGAACUCGUCGAACCUGUUGCCGCUUUCGGUCCUAAGCCGGACGAAGAAAAGGAAGCCGAAGCUCCGGAGCCCUUCGAAUACACCGAGGAUUGAAAGAAGAAACGAAAUAUUCAACGGUAAGAAAAACCUUGAAAAAAAUAAGAGUAAUCAAGAAAUAGCAAAACGUUUAAUUUUCUCCCCAAAAUACGACGACUUCGUUUCCAACACGCAGGUUUUCUGUUUUACGAUCACCAUUUUUUUACGAAAUAAUAGCGUUCACCUUUUUUCUGUUUUUCCUCAUCGUACGAAUAAAUUUCUCGCUGCAUAUAAUUUUCGUCGCAACGAAACUGUCGCUUUGACCAGCGUAUCGUGCACCGAUAUAAACCUGAAGCGAUUUCUCUGUAUCCGCCUAUAAAAUGCACCCGUAUGUAAUCGUAUUAAUUUUAAUGAAUAACAUAUAUCACUGAUAAUAA